AUGGCUGAUGAUGAUAUUGCUGCGUUGGUUGUAGACAAUGGCUCUGGUAUGUGCAAAGCUGGCUUUGCCGGGGACGAUGCACCCAGAGCUGUCUUUCCGUCGAUUGUUGGCCGUCCUCGCCACCAAGGAGUGAUGGUUGGUAUGGGCCAGAAAGACUCGUACGUCGGCGAUGAGGCGCAAAGCAAGCGAGGAAUUUUGACGCUGAAAUAUCCUAUUGAACAUGGAAUCGUCACGAACUGGGACGACAUGGAGAAGGUAAGUUUUGAAACUAAGAAGAUCUGCCCACAUAUCGAAGCGCGUCACUUGAAUCUCUGGAAGUUCAAACACGAGGCGUUUUCCUCACGUGUCUUUUUUCGUUACAGAUCUGGCAUCACACGUUUUACAAUGAACUCCGAGUUGCCCCUGAGGAACACCCUGUUCUCCUUACAGAGGCCCCUUUGAAUCCGAAGGCAAACCGAGAAAAAAUGACGCAGGUAAAUUCAAGAAAAUUUAUCAGAGGGCUUAAUGUGGGUGUUUUCUUUUUAAUGUCUUUGGUUUUGCGCACUAAGCAUUUUGAAAGGAUUGAAAUGGCUCAGUGUCUAACAUAAAACUUCCGUUUCAAAUAUUACUUUUCAUCUAACAUGGAACGGCUAAGGAACAUUUUAGAUUUAGGUUAUUUUUCGGCGUGCCCACUUAAAAUGUUGUAACGAAAAGCAACAAGAUGUUCGGGGAUGAAAUUGCUUUCCUCAUAGUUCAAGCUUAGGAAACUUCACUUUCACUUAAAUGUUAAGACGAAAAAAAUGGCGGUAUGAAUAUAGCAGACAACUCAAUUUUAGAGGUUUAAAACUCAUCUCAUUCGUAUUUUCAGAUCAUGUUUGAAACAUUCAACUGUCCAGCUAUGUAUGUAGCUAUCCAGGCCGUGUUGUCUCUGUAUGCCUCUGGUCGUACCACUGGUAUUGUUCUGGACAGUGGUGAUGGUGUGAGCCACACCGUGCCUAUUUACGAGGGCUAUGCCCUGCCCCAUGCAAUCCUACGUCUAGACUUAGCUGGGAGAGAUCUGACAGAUUACCUCAUGAAGAUUCUAACAGAACGUGGUUACUCCUUUACGACCACUGCUGAGCGUGAAAUUGUCCGUGACAUCAAAGAAAAGCUGUGCUACGUGGCAUUGGACUUUGACCAGGAGCUGCAAACUGCUGCUUCAAGCUCCAGUCUUGAGAAGAGCUACGAGCUUCCUGAUGGUCAAGUCAUAACCAUAGGAAAUGAGAGGUUCAGGUGCCCCGAAGCAUUGUUCCAACCAUCUUUCCUUGGCAUGGAAGCUUCUGGUAUCCACGAGACAACCUACAACUCAAUCAUGAAGUGUGACGUUGACAUCCGUAAAGACCUCUAUGCCAACACUGUCCUCUCUGGUGGUACAACCAUGUACCCUGGUAUUGCUGACCGAAUGCAGAAGGAAAUCACAGCCUUGGCGCCCUCCACCAUGAAGAUCAAGAUCAUUGCUCCCCCUGAGCGCAAGUACUCUGUUUGGAUUGGAGGCUCCAUCCUGGCUUCCUUAUCAACUUUCCAACAGAUGUGGAUCUCCAAACAGGAGUAUGAUGAAUCUGGUCCAGCCAUUGUGCACCGCAAGUGCUUCUAA